AUGGCACGGGCAGGCUUGGUGUCACUUAUUCUGGAUUACAUCCACUCGGGAUCUUCCUUGCUCCUGCAGAUGCUAGUCCAAACGGAUCCCAUGCCUUCCGCAUCUGGCCUGUGCCGUCCUGGCUCUCUCCUUCCACCCCUUGACCUUCCUCACCCGGGCGCGUCUUCGCCUCUGCAAAGCCCCAUUUGCACGGGGCUCUCAGCAUCGGCUUUUGGGCUGAGUCGCCUCGGUGCGCCUUUGUCCACCUUGGACUUCAUCAAAGCCGGUCCGGCACCUUCGACGAGAAGUCUUGUGAGCGCGGGCUUCCUGCUGUUGGCUUAUGGUAUGACUUGUCUAGAGUUUCUGCUGCCACUGUCGGAUUGUCUGAACACUGCUUCCGUGAUGCUGCCGCAAAGCUUCGUGACGCCAGAAUUCACCUUGUCGGUCUUCGGCGUCAAUAGGCCAGAGCUACCGAUGUCGGCUCUGGAUCCUUUCAGACUCGACUUGCCCCCACUGCUUAGAAGCCCUGUCCGGCUUGGUUUCAGCAUGCUUAUGAGUGGCACCUGCAGAUUGGAAGCACCGAUGCCGACUUCGGACUAUCUGCAGCCAGGUUUCUCGCCCUUGCUUCACAGCCUCUUUCGCUUUGGGCCGCCGAUGUCGCUUUCCGGCAUCUCUUGUAUGGCCUCGAUGUCUGUGCUGGACCUCAUGAGUUCGGGCGCGAUGGCAUCCUUGAAGAGCUCCGCAUGCUUGGAUCCAACAUCACCUGCCUACGGCUUGAGCAAGCCAGGUUUGUCUUUACUGAUGUCGGACUACUCCAGUCUCGACUCCUCGCCGCUCCUUCGCACGCUUGUUCGUCCAGGCUUGCUGCCUUCUUCAUCUGGAAUGCAAUGCACGGGUUCCUCGGCCUUCGCGUUGGACUACGUGGUUCCAGGAAGCCCACUUCCCUUACAAACCUCCCUAAGGCUGGGAAGCUCCCCACCAGCCUACGGCCUUUCAAAACCCGACCUGUCUCCUUCAGUCUUGGACUUUGUGAACACGGGCUUCAGCCUCCCAGCCCGAGGCCUUGUUCGACUUGGCGCAGCAACGCUCGCCUACGGCUUCACCUGUCUCGGCUUCUUGUUCUCAGCCCCUGAUCUCGUCAGCCUUGAAUUGUCACCUCUGACAAGGUGCAGUGUCCGUUUGGAAGCACCCAUGCCAGCAUAUGGAAUGACUCGCAUGGAUCCGUCCAUGCUGGCACCGGACUCCGUGCAACCUGCUCCCUCCCUCUUGACACGAACCCACCCGCUUAGGCUUCCUGCUGCCUGUGUCGGAUCGUGUGGAACUUGGCUCUUUGAUGCCGGCACGGUGCUUCAGCUGAUUUGGUCCUGGAUUGCCCAUCUUCAUCAUGCCCAACCCGGCCUAACGUUGCUUCUCUACGGCAUCACGCGCUCAGGCUUCUUCCUAUCAGCCCUUGAUCCUUCAACCUUUGACCCGGUGGUGUCGUCACGAGGCUCUGUGCGCCCAGGAUCUCGCCUCUUACCAUAUGGAUGCCAUCGCUUGGAUGUUCCCACGCUCACCUCAGAUUUCUUGUCGCCGGAUGCUCUGCUGCCCCUCCAGUCUUCUGUAAGACCAGAACUGCUCUCGCCUGCCAGCGGCUUGUCUCGCUUGGGGUCUCCCUUGCCACCUCUGGACCACAUAUAUCUUGAACUUUCACUGCUUGCGAGAAGCCUUGCGCGGCUGGAGUUUCUGUUGCUAGCCUACGGCAUUUCCCAGCCAGGUGUGCUGCCGCCUCUGCUGGACCAUGUGAGCUGCAGCAAGCAGCUGUCCCCACGAACCUAUGCCCAGCUUGAGUCGUUCCUUCCAACCUACGGCUGCCUGCGGAUUGGCCCGCCCCCUUCCGUACCGGACUGUGCGCACCUCGGAAGCUCGCUGUCCUUUCGAAACCUCCUAUGCUUAGGUCCUAUGCUGCUGCCUUACGGCAUGCUGUGGUCAGAGUCCCCUCCACCCGUUUUGGAUUCCGUUCAGCUCGGUUUCCUUCUGUUGCUCCAUUCCCUUGCCUGCCCCGGCGUGUCUUUGCCGGUCUACGGCUUCGCAGCUUCAGGAAGUUCGGCCUCAACUCUUGACUCCACACACCUAGGGCCCGCGCUGCCGGUGAGGUCACACGCCCGAAUCGGUUCUGCACCGGCAGUUUAUGGCAUCACUCGGCCUGGCAGCUCGCCGCUGGCUGCGGACCUUGUGCAUCUUGACAUCUUCCUGUUGCUACGGAGCCACUGCCAUUCCGAUGUGUCAUUUCCCCUCUUCGGCACUGCGCGAACGGAUUUGCCUCCCUAUGUAGAUGAUGAGGCACUCUUCGGCAGCUUGCCAUUGCUCCAAGGCCCUGCGCGACCAGGAUUACCUUUGCUGGCCUACCACCUCUCCCGGCCGGAAACCCCUUCACUGGCCUCAGAUUUCGUGCAGUGUGGUUCGACGCUUCUUCUCCGCAGCCUUCUCUGCCCAGGAUCUUCCCUGCCCGCCUAUGGUGUCACCUGUUCGGGAAGUUCGUUGCCCGUCCUGGAUCCCUUGAACUUGGCCGUAUCACCGUCACCCAGGUCUCCCGCCAGGUCAGGCGUGAUCUCGUUUACCUCCGGAAUGACGCAGCUCGGCCUUCGAUCACCCAUGCUUGACUACGUAUGCAGCGGAAGCUCACUGACAUUGCGUUCCCUUUCGCAGCCGGGUCUUCCGCUACUCGUCUAUGGUGUGAUGCGAUGUGGCUCCUCCCCUUCGGUUCUGGAUAGAGCUUGUUUCGGGCCUUCCUUGCCAACACAGUCCCUUGUGAGAUCGGAGUUGUCGCUGUUCGUUUACGGAAUGGUCUGGCUUGGCUCCUUGCCUUCAGUGCUUGGUGGUAUCACAGGGCAAGAUAGCUGGGAGAUGAGAUCUUUCGUCCGCCUGGACUUCAGCACGUUUGUGUACGGCUUGGCAUGCCCAGACACCCUGUUGUCGGCUCCCGAUUCAACAAGUUCUAGCUCCUUCCUGUUCUUGCAAAGCUUCCUUCGUUGCGGGCUAACUUUGUCAGUUUAUGGGAUGGUCUGGCCGGGCUUCUCCACGUCUUUGCCAGAUUCUGCGCACCUUGGCCCCUCGAUGCCACUUCAAGGCCUCUGUUGUUUGGGUUUCCUUCUUCCGGCACUUGGCAUGUCAUGUCCCGGCUGUGCUACGUUGGCAACUGAUUCUGCAAAUGUCGGUAGCCUGCUGCCGCUGCAUCACUUCUUGCGCAUGGGUUCCAGUCUGUUGGCAUAUGGUAUGACCUGCUCAGAACUGCCUUUCUUGUUGCUGGAUCCCUUGAAGCCGGGUCUUUCCAUGCUGCCGCAGGCAUCCGUGUGGCCUGGUGUGUCCAUUCCCCUGUAUGGCAUGUCCCGUCUGAGCAGCUUGAUGUUCUCGCCCGAUGUAGUUCAUGUUGGCUUUUCUCUGUUGGACCUCGCCACAUCGACCACGGGCUCAACGUACAUGGCACCCUCGCUGCUUGUGAGAUGUCAUGCGUGGCUUGAUCUUCUGCUUUUAGUCUCUGAAGUCUCGCGAUUAAAGUCUACGUCGUCCGUCCCAGACCACACAGACCUGGAAGCGCCUGUGCCACCGCGUGGUCUCGUCCAACUUGGUCUUGUGUCAUCUGCGUAUGGCAUGGCAUGGCUUGACAGUUCGCUCUCUGCUCUUGACUUUGCCAUGCUGGGCUUCUCGGUCUUCUCGAGGAGCUUCCUGCACACGGGCUCGUCACCCUCGGCCUCUGGACUGACGCGAACGGAGUUGUUGCUCUCCGUUUCGGACCUCCUGCAACCUGGGUCAUCCAUGUCUUUGCGGUCCUCUCUCCAUCCAGACCCAAUCGUGCCAACCUGCGGAUGUGCACGACUCGGAGUUUCCCUCCUGACCCUGGACUUCAUUACACCAGACGCUUCGCUGUCGGUGAGGUCUUUCGUCCGUUCGGGGCCGUCCUCGUCUGCCUUCGGCUUGACGAACCCCGAGCUCUCCAUGUCAGCGCUUGAUCUUGUGAACACCGACCUGUCGUCGCUGCUUCGAUCAUUCGCUCGAUCCGGUCUGGUGAUGUUUGCCUUCGGAUGUGGACGAUUGGGGCCUACGAUGCCGGCCCUGGAUUCCGUCACGCCUGGCCCACUGAUGUUGCUGCAGAGCCUUGUGAGAUUUGAGCUGACUGCUUUCAUGUUCGGUCUGCUGACUCUGGGUUCGAGCUUGUCCCCGCUUGAUCUCAUACAGACAGGAUCCUGCCUCCUGCCAAGAAGCUUCCUUUACGUGGACCUCACGAUUCCAAUGUAUGGGCUGUCUUGCUUGGGGCUUGCAACGUCCACCUCGGAUUCUUUGCAUCUGGGACCAUCCAUGCUCUCACAGAGUCAUGUGAGGUCAGGACCAAGUGCGCCAGUGGUUGGAAUGUCCUGGCUCGACCCGUCCUUGCCAAUUCCGGACCGGGUGAACCUUGAACUCCCAGCGUUGCUGAAGUCUUCCGGUCGCUUCGGCUCGCUGCUGCUUGUCUCCGGCAUGGCGCGAUCGGGCUGCCCACCCCUAGUGCUGGACUUUCACUGCUUCUCAUCCUCCAUAUUCCCAAGGAGCUUCGUGAGGGCCGGCCCUUCGAUGCCCAUGUUCGGGUUGGCCCGCCUGGGUUCGACGACGCCUGCCGUGGAUUUCGUGAACGUAGGCCCUCCCUCGUUGCUCAGAUCCUUCUUGCGCUCCGACCUCCCGGCCUCCAUCUUCGGCUUAUCCAAACUUGGAUUUCUCUUGUCGGCCUUAGACUUCCUGAACUUAGGUCCCGCUCUCUUGUCACAGAGCCCUCUGAGGGUGGAAGCGCCCCUUUUCACGUACAGCUUGAGCAGGCUGGGUCCUCCACUUUUGGCUUUAGAUCUCCCCUACCCGGGCCUCUUGCUGCCUUCGCAAAGCCUUCUAUGGGUGGGUUUCACAGCGCCAACCUACGGCUUCACGGCUCUGGACCCACUGCUGCCAGUAUCGGACUUCCUGAACUUAGACUUUGCCAUCCCCUCGCGUGGCACGUACCUUACGGAGUCCCAGCUUCUAGCCUUUGGCAUGACAUGGUCAGACUCGCCCUUGCCAGCUUUGGAUUCUUUGCAUCUGGGGCCCGCGAUUCUGUUGCAUAGCAGUGUCCGGCUGGGGCCAGCGACUUCGGUUUACGGCCUGGCGUGUUUGGGCUUGCUGUCGUUGGCUUUGGAUCUCGUCCAGCUUGCCAGCACCUUGAGCCUUCGAAGCUACAUGCGCACUGGGCCGAGCCUUCUGGUGUACGGACUGUGCCGUACGGAAUUCUCAAUGCUGGUACUGGAUUUCGUCAGCUGUGGAUCGCAGAUGUCGUUGCAACACUCUGCGCGGCUGGAGCCCCCGCUCCUUGCAUACGGCAUGCAGUGCAUGGGAUCUGCCAUGCCGACACCGGACCCAGUGAAGCUCGGCUCGCUGCCGCCUUUGCACAGUCCCAUGCGCUUAGGCGCCCCGCUGUCGAUGUCCGGCUUGGCAUGCCUGGGCUUCUCGAUCCCUGCUUUAGACAUCGGCCAGUCUGGCCCCAUCUUGCCUUCGCAACACAUCGCACGUUUGGGCAGCACUCUGCCGGCUUUUGGGAUCGUUUGGCCUGGGCCAUCUUUGCUGCUGUUGGACUUGGUCAAUCCCGAUCCAACCCUGUUUCUGCAAACACACCUACAGGCGGGGUCUGCUACGUCUGUCUACGGCAUUUCUUGGCCAGGAGCACUUGCGUCGACACCGGACCUUAUGCACUCCGGGCUGCCAGCAUUCUUGCAUGCGUCUGUCUGCUCAGACUCUGCUCUUCCAGCCUACGGUGUCACGCGACUUGGCCUCUCGAUCCCCAUACCGGACUCCUUCAUGCUCGGCUCCUCUACUCCUCCACGCAGUCUGACACGAUUGGGAGGCGACCUACCCCUGUACGGCAUGACCUGA